GCGUGGCGGGAGCAGGAACACUGAGUGAGCUAGGUCUUUGGAGCUGGGAAAGCUGAGUCCCAGAGAGGACACUGGCACCCAAGUCUGCGGGACGAGAGCUGAGGGGCUUCCAAGACGUGUCCAGCCUGCUCUUCGCUGCGAAAUUGCACGGACAUCGCUUGUCCUUCUGCCCAGGACUCCUGCUUGUUUAGCCAGAUACAUCUGGAAAAUGGCACCGUCCUUGAGAGCGGGUCCUGUGUGGCCCCCGGGAGAUGCCAAGAAGGUGUCUAUGCCCUGACCUACGGUCCCCACUCGGGCCUCUGGAUCAGCACGUCGUGCUGUGGAAACUGCAGCUCUCUCCAAAAAGAGGCAGGGCCCAAGGCCCAGCCCAACGCAGUGAAGUGUCCUUACUGUUCCGGGGAUCAUUCCACCUCAUGUGACUCCAUUUCGAUCAUGAACUGCACCGGGAACCAGACUGUGUGCGUCACUCUCAACGGGACUUGGAGCAGAGGAGGUCCCCAGAUCCUGAAAGGCUGUGCUACACCAGAGAUCUGCCACCUGAAAGCGAAUGACACUCUGGGCCCGGAGGCGGCUGGAUUUCGUCUCACCACGAAGCCUGAUUGCAGUUCCCUGGCUCCGCCCACACAACCAGGUCCCCAUGCAAAAGUGACCCAUACCAAGGCAAAGGCCACCAUCUGUUUCACCUGCUCAGACCUCUACCAUUGCAACCCUGUCUCCUGCCCGGAGGACAGGAACUACUGCCUUCAGACGGCAGGAAUCACAGCCUUUGGGGAAGGAAACUCAGUGGCCUGGAGAAAUGGUUCCUGCGUGGCCUCCAAGGAUUGUAAAUGGGACAGAUCUGUCUCUGCCUUGACCUACGGGGCUCGGCUCGGCUUCUGGGUCAACACCACCUGUUGCCGAGGCAACUGCCAGAAGCCCACUCCUCUCGCAGCUCUGCCGGCCUCCCGCCCCGUGAGCAAGUUCCUGUGCCCUACAUGUGCAGGGGGCCACCAGGGACCCUGCAAUUCGUCCCUCUACAUGCAGUGUCCCCAUUGGAUGACCGAGUGUGUCCAACUGAACCUGAUAUCUGAAGGAGGUAAUGAGAUGUGCGUGUGUGUGUGUGCGCGUGUGUGCAUGUUCACACACAGGUGAGUUGAGCAUGCUGGU